AUGCGGCGACGAUCCAGCAGCUGCAAAAAUGACAGUGGCGACGAAGAGCCUGAAAUCCGGCAUAGUGACUUUUUUCUAGACGACAAACUACCGGAGGAGUAUUUCAAGCAGGAUAUCAUCAACCUUGCUCAUGAGCUUCAUGUGCCAGGAUGGUCUUCUGUCGCUUUAGAUAUGGCCGAAGACCUUCUCGUAGUGCGGAUCACUGGCGCAUUGACCAAUUCGGUUUAUUCGGUUCGAGCGCCUUCUUACGUUAAAGAAACCCUUAAGAAAGAGUACGAAGGGCGCACCUUGGCCCAUCGGAUUCCCCAACACAUUUUGCUCAGAGUCUAUGGCCCCCAGGUUGACUCACUUAUCGAUCGACAGAGAGAGCUUUCGACAGUUGCUCUCCUCACAAGAAACAAAAUUGGCCCCCGCUUGUUUGGUACAUUCAAAAACGGCCGAUUUGAGCAAUUUUUGAACGCAAAGCCCCUCCAUCAUGAGGACCUCUGGAAACCAGAAACUUCCCGCCUUAUCGCCAAGCGCAUGCGGGAGUUUCACGACAGUAUUCCCCUGUCUGCAGAGCAGCGAGCUGGCGGGCCAGUUGCAUGGGCAAUGUUGCGGAAAUGGGAGAUUCCAGUAAGGGAGAGGUUCGAGCAGCUUGAAGUAAAAGAUCCUGGUAUCACUGAACGUGUUUUGCAGUGUGGGCUCGAGCAAUUUCUCGCCACGAUUGCUGAGGUUCGAAAACAUAUUGAGGCGCAAUAUAAACCGGGCGAAAUUAAUAAAUCGCUUGUUCUCGCCCACAAUGACACCCAGUAUGGUAACAUUCUACGCGUAGAGCCACCCAAAGGAUCGCCCCUUAUUAUGCCUCAAAACGAGCAUCGGCAACUUGUUGUUAUUGAUUUCGAGUACUCGGGGCCCAAUGUGCCCGCAUACGACAUUGUGAAUCAUUUUUGUGAAUGGAUGGGGGACUACCAUCAUCCAACAAUGCCUCACCACAUCUGGUUAGAGAGGUACCCCACCAAAGAACAGCAAAUGAUCUUCAUCAACAGCUAUGUCGAGCAUGGUAGCCCAGAUUUCGACGAAGCAACGAUGGAAGCCGAAGCAAACGAGCUUUACAAACUUUGCAAGCUAUGGAGGCCUAUUGUCUCGAGUCACUGGGCAUUCUGGGGCAUUGUCCAAACCCCUAUUCCGGGGCAAGAGGAUCUCGAAUUGAGAGAUGGAAUGCUCACAUGUCGCGGCUCUUAUGACGUGGUGAGCUCAUCCCCUCCCAAUCCAGUAGAGAUUGUGGACGAGGUGGACGAGUUCGACUGUAUGGCGUAUGCAAAAGAGAAGAUCAGUCUGUUUUGGGAAGAUGUCCGUGCGCUAGGAGUAAAGAUAUAG